CAUCCCUCAACCACUGAGCCACACCAGCCAAUAUGUGACUUUUUAAAAGUCUUCAGAAGAUAUGGAGAAACAGAUAAUUGGGAUGAUGAGGAGGAGGAAAAAAAAGAGGAAGCAGAAGUAAAACCAGAAGUAAAAAUUUCAGAAAAGAAAAAAAUAACAGAGAAGAUAAAAGAAAAAGAACGGCAACAGAAGAAAAGGCAAGAAGAAAUUAAAAAGAGGUUAGAAGAACCUGAAGAAACAAAAGUACUAACACCAGAAGAACAAUUAGCAGAUAAACUUCGGCUAAAGAAAUUACAGGAAGAAGCAGACCUUGAAUUAGCAAAAGAAACUUUUGGUGUUACUAAUACAGUUUUUGGAAUAGAUGCUAUGAACCCAUCUUCGAGAGAGGACUUCACAGAAUUUGGAAAGCUACUAAAAGAUAAAAUUACACAAUAUGAAAAGUCAUUAUAUUAUGCCAGUUUUUUAGAAGCCUUAGUUCGAGAUGUGUGUAUUUCAUUGGAAAUUGAUGACUUGAAAAAGAUCACCAAUUCACUGACUGUGCUUUGUAGUGAGAAACAGAAGCAAGAAAAGCAAAGCAAAGCCAAAAAGAAGAAGAAAGGUGUGGUUCCUGGAGGGGGAUUAAAGGCCACCAUGAAAGACGAUCUGGCAGAUUAUGGUGGUUAUGAUGGAGGAUAUGUACAAGACUUUGAAGAUUUCAUGUGACAUUUUAUCUUCUCUGGUGUCUUCUUUCUGUUGCCCACAAUCCCUUCAACAUGUAGCACAACUUCCUUUCCUUUCAGUUCUGCCAAAUGCUACAAUCAGAAGUGCAGUAUCUUUUGUGCUGGUUACUUAACCCCUUGACACUUAGGUGCUAAUGUGCAAAUGAGGGAACUUGGAUCUUGCUGCCAAGGGGUUAAAAUUGGGAACCUCAGUUGCUACUAAAUCAUAGUUUUAAAAAACACACAAACUUAAUAAUGUUGUCAUUGUUGCUAUCUGAUUCUAUAGCAACAGUCACUAAAUUGGAAACAAAGGUUGCAACAUGACAAGAAAUUGUGUAGUAUUGACCAGCACCAGUCAGUAAUACAGCCUUAACCAUACCUCCUUGAACUACUUCAUAACUUGUCAAGAAAAGCAGUUUGCAGCAAGGGCAUGUGGUGUGCACCUAGUAUUAAAAUUGCUUUGUCUUAAAAUUGAGCGUGAGGAUAUUAAACAUACAUUGUGAAGAAGACUGCUUUUGUCAGAGUGAAGAUACGGCGGCUGAAAACUACUAGUUUGAUACUUAAAAAUUGACCAAAACCCUCCACUUUGAAGCUGAAGAAGGUAAACCUCUCCGUUACUGUAUUACAAGUUGUGGAAUCUCUCGAGUGCACACUAUCAGACUGUUCUACUGAUGAAUUGCUUCAGAUGGGGGAGGGGAACCCUAUCUGCUUUAUUUGCCUGAUUGAAGUGUCUGAGGAACAAAUCUCCUUUGUUCUUCUGGGCUGCAAUGGAAUAACUUUAAACAGGGUUUUGGCAUUUCCUUUCCUUUAUAAAACAUGCUCAGCAAGCUGCACCAGUUAACUAGUUUGGUAAAUUGUUAUGUUAACAAUUAUGACAUCUGCAAUGUUUUAUAAAGCAACUAAUUUAAUAAAAUCACUAUUGUGAGGACUUAAA